UUUCCGAGCGAUGCGACCCAAAUAUGCCCGGGUCUAACCGUAUCACCCCUCCAGAAGGAUAGAUAUAUAUAAACACCAAACCCUGCCUCUUGAGCAGCAGAUCAACUCACACAGCAGUUGUCGACGUCGCAAUGGCUCCCAUUAACCUCGAGAAUGUUUACCCGCCCGAGCCCAAGUUCGUGCACUUCCCCUCCCGCCGAUCAACGGUGCACGGUACGAAGGGUAUGAUCUCUUCCUCCCAGCCAUUGGCCAACCAAGCUGGAUUGAGGGUGUUGCUACAGGGCGGAAACGCAGCGGAUGCUGCCGUCGCUGUUGCGGCUGCGUUGAAUGUUACCGAGCCUGGAAGUACCGGUAUUGGUGGUGACAUGUUUUGCUUGUUUUAUGACGCGAAGACGAAGACUGUCAAGGGAUUGAACGGAUCGGGGAGGAGUCCGAAGGCGUUGGAUAUGCCCAAGGCGAGGGAGCUCGGGAUCUCUGGUACCGAGAUUCCGUUGGACAACAUCAACGCCGCGACUGUACCUGGAGCUGCCGCAGGAUGGGUUGAUACCCUCAAGUUGUUCGGAUCAGGCGAGGUCACCAUGGAAGACGUCCUCACGCCCGCCAUCGAACUCGCCGAAGACGGCUUCCCCGUCUCCGAGAUCUCGGCAUACUACUGGGGUCUGGCAGAGCAGCAAAUCAAGGCCGCUUCGCCCAACUUCGCGGAGAUGCUCUCAAAGGUCACUGGAAAGGCUCCGAAGGCGGGUGAGUUGAUGCACAACUCCACGCUCGCCCAAACUUUUCGCGCGGUCGCCAAGGAGGGAUUUGAUGGAUUCUACAAGGGUAGGAUCGCGGAUGCGAUUGUGGAGUUGGUCAAGAGUCGUGGAGGUGUCAUGACCCAUGAUGAUCUCGCUUCGCACACUUCUACACCUGUUGAUCCUAUCAAUAUCGACUUCAAGGGGUUGACCGUAUGGGAAUGUCCACCCAAUGGGCAGGGUAUCGUCGCGCUCAUGGCGCUUGGUAUUUUGCAGGAGAUGGAGGCUCAGGGUCGCUGUGGGAAGCUGGAUGAGAUGGAGCACAACUCUCCAGAGUACUUGCACGCUAUCAUCGAGGCGCUGAGAUUGGCCUUUGCGGACGCAAAGGCGUACGUUUCGGACCAGGACGUGGAGCACGUCCCCACGAUUGCGAUGCUAAACAAAGACUACCUCGCCAGCCGUGCAAAGCUUUUCGACCCCUCCAAGCAAACAGCGGAUUUGAAGGAAGGAACCCCCGUCAACUCGUCCGACACCGUCUACUUCACCACCGCAGACAGAUGGGGCAACGCCUGCUCCUUCAUCAUCUCCAACUACGCCGGCUUCGGCACAGGUGCCAUCCCCAAAAACUGCGGCUUCACUCUCCAAAAUCGCGGUUCGAACUUUGUUCUUGUCGACGGACACCCCAACAUGCUGAAGGGUCGUAAGAGACCGUAUCAUACGAUCAUCCCGGCUAUGGUUACUGACAGCAAAACGGGUGAGUUGUGGGCUUCGUAUGGUGUCAUGGGCGGGUUCAUGCAACCCCAAGGCCACGUGCAAGUUCUUCUCAACCUCCUCCACCACGGCACCACCCCCCAAGCCGCUCUCGACGCUCCCCGUAUUUGUCUCGGCGCAGGAAUGCCUGAUGCUGGACCCAUCGAUAGCACAGUUUACAUCGAGGAAGGAAUUCCGGAGGCGACUGUGGAGAAGUUGAAGGCCAUGGGGCAUAAGGUCGUUGUUGCGACGGAGUUUCAGAGGGGAACGUUUGGGCGGGGGCAGGUUAUCAGGUGUCAUAAGGAUGGGAAGGACAAGAGCCAGGUUGUUUGGAGUGGGGGCAGUGAUAUGAGGGGUGAUGGGGCUGCGUUGGGGUGGUGAUACCAUACAGCAUUAUUAUCUAAAAAUAUGCAUACCU